AUGAACAGAAAAGAUCCCUUGGAACGACAUUUGCUCACCAGGUGCUAUGACUCCGAGUCCAGAAUCCAGGAGCUCUUAUCAUCCAGAUACUCUGUUUCUGGCGAUCAGAAGCCUUCGCUAGUCUUGCUUCCUACUGGAAUGGCAUCAGACUCAAAUCGGCCAUCGUUGAAUACGAGACUGAAAACAAGGUCUAUGGAUGCCAUUCGUAAGCAAAAGACACGAUAUGUCGUCAGAGACUAUGUCAAAACUACACUUAACAACCAAAAGAAACUAGUGAAGAAAAUACAAGCACACAAUCGUCGAUAUAAGAACGUUGAUGAAGCAAAGAGGAAGACGUUUCCGAUUAAAAAGAUGAUUGAAAAGUACUCAAUUCCCCAAUAUUCCGACUUUGUCGCUAUGAACAAUAUGUGGCAGGACUACAUUCAAACUUUACUCUUUCCGAACCCAGAUUCCAGCACUCUUCCGGGAAUUGGCACUAUGCUCCCCAAAUUAGCUACUGCUGAUUACCACGGAUGUCUCUUGACGGUGAUUGAUUCUAGCAAUAAACUCUUGAAAGGAGUCCGGGGAAUAGUUGUUUUGGACACACAGCAUACUUUCAUACUAGUGGUUCCGCAAAAUGAAGAUGCCAAAGAUGGUAACGAUCACAAAACUUCAUUUUCGCCUACAGAGCAAGUUGGUGGACUCCGAGCUAUUGCCAAGAAGGGAAGCUUGUUCGGCUUCGAUGUGCUAAUACCCAAGGAUAACGAGGAAGAAUGUUUGGGUUUUACCAUAGCGGGAACUAGGUUUGAAUUCAGAUCGCCUGAUCGAGCUGCACGCAAGUUCAAAAAUCACAAGGUUAAUGAUUUGAUAUAG